UCAUGUUAUCGCUUCGAUAUCGGUCGAAUUUUUAAUUGAAAUUAUAUCAUCAUCGUGUCUGCGACUGAACGUCUAAAUAUAACCGUCGCUAGCAACUAUCGUGCAGGGUCGAGACCCGUUCGCGUACGAGUGUUGUGUGAAUAUUAGUGGGUGUCUAAGCAUUGUUUUUCUAUGCAAAAGUUGUCCCGGUGAACCCUCACACAACGAAAGAAAAAACGCUUCGACUACGAAAUAUUAGUUAAAUUCACGCUGUACCCGUACGCUUAUUAAAACCGAAUAUCUCACCAUGAACCGGUCUUUGUUAACUAGGGAACUGUAACCCAGGUAUGUCAGACAGCCAUUUUGUUCCUGGUUUAACGAGCUUCAGUCAUUUUUCAGCACUUCAUUUUUGGGUUAAAAAUAGUUUGAAAUUGUGUGAAAUUUACAGCAUGUGCUCUAAUUCAAUGAUUACUUUCAUUCUAUGCCAGAAAUUCCGUCAUAAAAGCCUUGAAUUGAAAAACAACAAUUUUUUCAGUGAGGAACAAAAUGGGUGUCUGACAUACCCGGGUUAUAGUACCUUAUGUUAACUUGGGUGCAAUCAAAUUGAGGAAGCGAAAAAUGAAAUAGCAAGUAGCAACUAAGUAGCUGUACUGUCCAGGGAUGGAAGAGCCGGGAGCGAGCCGGAGCCAGAGUCUGAAAGAGCCGGAUUUUUUGAGGAGCUAGAGCCAGAGCCAAGAGCCAAAUAAAUGAAAGUGCAGAAAAACAUCACGAGCUCUCUUGCAAAAGAGCUCCUUAUUUUACUCAAGAGAGCCAUCAUCAUAAGGAGUCUUUAACCUGGAAAGAGCCAGAGCCGAGUGGGAGCCCACAAAAUUUUUCAGGCUCUUUGGCUCCCUAAAAGUAGAGAAAAAAGUUGAAAAAUGCGCACAAUUUUAUCAAAAAUUCAACUUUUAACUCACAUUUGUGAAGAAAAUGAAGAAUUUCUAAGUUUUUUUCCUCAUUGAGAAAUGAAAUGAAAAUAAAUGCAGUGUAUUUUCAUUUUUUUCAUCGUUUUUCACGAAUUUUGAACUCUAAUUUAAAGAGCCAAGAGCCAGAGCCAGAGCUGGAGUGGGAGCCGAGAAAUUGGAAGAGGGAGUCGAGAGUCAAAGAGCGGAGUCGGAAAGAAUUGAGGAGCGAGCAAGGAGCCAAAGAGCUCAUGUAAAGAAAAAGUGCCAAGAGCCAAGAGCGAGCCAGAGCUGAAACUUGCGGGGAGCUGAGCCAGAGCCAAGAGCGGGAGCCCUGAAUUCAAGGCUCUUCCAUCCCUGGUACUGUCUGUGUAAGGUUUCACCAAAUUUCUUUCAUUCAAGAGGAAGAGAUAUCGAACUCGUUUCUAUUUUCAGCCUUUGGUUUGGAUUUUUCUCACAGCCAUCGCUGGAUUUUUUUAAAAAUAAAAACUUUAAAAUCCGCAGAAACGUAAUUACUGGUAAAUUACCAUAAACUCGAACUCGACCAAUACCACCUAUAGUAAAAGGCCUGAGCGCUGAAUCAUUAUCACCUUCUGACGUCACACCUUAAGAGGACUCGAUUGUGUUUACCAUUUGAAUUUUAACGUAUGAUUAAAUGGCGAAUUCGUGAAAUUGAGUAAAACUUUCGUUAAAAAAGUUAUUUAAAUUAAGAAAUUUAAUUAAUAUUUGUCCUAAAAUGUGUUCUAGUCAUGUGGCACUGAUGUUUUCAACUGUAGGUGGUCUCCGUUUAUUUGAUUUGUGUAUAAGAAUGAAUUUUUUGCAAGUUGUUAGUGUUGUGUGAUUUGAAUGGAUAGUGAUAUAAUGUAGAUUAAAAUGAAAAUUAAUGUGAACUAGUGCUUGUGUUUUACCGGAAUGAUGUCGUAAUGAAAUAAAUAGUGAACUAUGCGAUUGCAUCAAGUUGAAGAAAAAUCUACAAUACAUUUGAAAUCUACUUCUUGGACCAUCCAGCUAAAGCUAUGAUAUGAUGGAUAUAAAGAAGAAAUGAGGAGCUCAUUGCAAAAGUAGCCCUUGUCACACAUUUUUCAAAAAUGAGUUUACACCGCCAUUCGAUAGUACUAAUAGAGGCCUAUCAUGGAGCGAACUCAAAAGUUUUCAAAAUUUUGUAUUUUAGUAAAAAAAUGCAAUACAAAAAAACAUGGGUUCUUGCAAAAACAGCCCAUGUCCGUGACAUGGGCUGUUUUUGCAAACAUGCAAUUAGUAAACAAACAAUGGGUACGUGGGUAAGUCGACUGCUACAUAAGCAGCAACUAGCAACCAGCAACUGGCAACUUGGCAACCAAAUCAAAAAAUUUUGAUUUGGUUGCUAGUUCCAGCCAAUAACCGAGCAACUUCUUAUCAUUUUCGUUCCACUGACGCGAAACGAAGUUGCUAAGUUGCCGAGUUGCCGCUUAUGUAGCAGUGCACUAAUGAACUAAUGAGUAUUGAGUGUUUUCUGUUUCCUGUUUCAUAAAUCAUAAUAUUGAUAAUGGUGAUGAAUAAUUUAUUAAUUAUCCGUGAUGGUUUCAUAUUUUAAGAAUUAUGGAAUCUAGUAAUAAUAAUUCGAAUUCUGAAGCGGGUGUUUUACAAUUGAAUAGAAAGCAUAGAAAACGAAAAAUAAAACCUGAACAAGACAGAAAAACUAAGCGAGUACGCGGUGAAACGUAUGUGACUGCGAAAGGAAAAAUUAUUUGGGAAAGAAGAAUCGGACCUGAUUGCAAGUGUAAACGUUACCACUGUUUCGAAGUAAUAAAUGAAGAAAAACGACUUUCCGUGCACUCGAGUCUAAAGAUGAACAAGAUGCUUACUUAUCCGGUUUAAUCUUUGUUGAAAGUGUAAAGCGGCAGCGAUCUCGAAAACGAAAAUCUGCUCAACAGCCUGAAAACGAAAAUGACGAUCCAAACGAAGGAGAUAAUGAAGAUGAGUGUGAAACUGACCCUUCGAAUGAAUCAAGUAAAUCAAAGUUCGAGCAUUCGGUUUCAUUCUACUAUAAGAUCAGAAUCAGAAUUGACGUGAACAAUGAUUUCGAAGACAUCUGCGUUUGUAGAAAUGCGUUCCUAAGUCUACACGGCAUCACGAGAGGUCGGCUGAGAACAAUUCAGAAAAGUUUGAAAGAAACCGGUCAAUCUCCGAAAGAUGAGCGAGGCAAGCAUACUACGAGACCAAGAAAUGUUCCUAAUGAAGUUAAGAAGAUGAUUAAACAGCAUAUCAAAUCGUUUAAACCUGUACAAUCUCACUAUUCGCAAAGAAAGGCUCCAAAGAAGGUGUUUUUGCCUGAAACGUUGAAUGCUGCUCGAAUGCACGAGAUGUUUGUAAAUGAAAAUCAAUUGCGUGUGUCAUAUAACACCUACCUUGAAGUAUUUAACAAAUUCAAUAUAGGAUUUGGUUUACCAAAGUCUGAUACAUGUGGAACAUGCGAUGCUAUGAAAGCCAAUCCAACCAGCUCUGAAGAAUACUAUAUGCAUUUAAGCGAAGCGCAGAUGUGGUAUGAUUUUAGAAGUACGAUUAAAAAGAGAUCGAAGAAACGGCGUUCUAAAAUUCAAGCUAUUUCCUUUGAUUACAUGAAGAAUCUACCUUUACCGCAUAUACGUACAAAUAUCGUUUAUUACACAAGACAGCUAUGGUAUUAUGUGUUUGGUAUUCAUGAUUUCACCACUGAUGCGGGAACGAUGUAUUGCUACCAUGAAGGCGAAGCUAAAAAAGGAUGCUGUGAUGUAACUUCGAUGCUUUUUCAUUAUCUGAAAAGUUUUAAAAAUGAGAAGAAAGAUGAACUGUAUUUAUUUUCCGACGGAUGUCCCGGCCAGAAUAAAAACCACUGCAUGAUUUAUUUUUCGUAUAUGCUUGUACAUGUAUUUCGAUUAUACAAAAGCAUUACUCAUGCUUUCCCAAUCAGAGGCCAUUCAUUCCUUGAUAAUGAUACAGACUUUUCGAAUAUUUCCAAGAGAGUUAGACUUGAAACUAUACAAACUAUCGAAGAAUGGAACCAUGUGAUUGAAGCUGCUAGAAAAAAACCAAGUUUUGAAGUCGUUCAUCCAGAAACCAGUGAUUUUCAUGAUAUGUUAUCUGCUUUGCAACCAUACUUCUUGAAGACUGCCAAACCUGCGCUGAAGUUACGUGAAAUCAAAAUGUACCGCAUUCGAGAAUCAACGGCAGACAUAGAAGUUAAAUAUCAGUAUGAUGAGAAGAAAUGGAGUACAUGUACCAUACGGAAUAGGAAAAAAUUACCCGAUGAGCUUGACCUGAAGUUAAUGUAUGAAGAACCCAUAUCUGUGAGAGGUUCGAAAAUAACUGAUCUCAAGAAGUUGCUGCCUUUUGUGAAACGUGAAAAUCAUCCGUUUUAUAACGAUUUAAUUUCGAAAUACGAAGAAGAAUGUAGAAUACAGGCUGAAAAAUUAGCUGCUGCGAAAGCUGCUGCGAAAGCUGCUGCCGAAUCUUCUGAAACUGCCAAAUCUCCAGAAAAUACUGAAGCUGUUCUUGCUACGAAUGAUGAUUCCGAAUCCGAAUACGAAAUGUUAAGUGUAGAGGAAUUCUACUCUGAUAACAGCAGCGGUGAUGAGAUGUGAUAUGAUUUAAAUUUUAAAUAUUUUUAAUUUAAUACGUUCCUGUUACUCUGUUUCUCGUUUCUCCAACUAGUCUUGGUUUUGAUUGUUUCUAUUAUAUUAUAAGAAUUGUUGAAUUUCGAAUGUUUUAUAGUUUUAGAAAAACAUGAUUGAGGUUAUUUAUUAUUUUUCAUUUCCUCCAAGUCCAAAUCAUUUUCAUUUUAACUUAUGAUUUUCGUGUUAUUGUCUUACCUUUUAAUUGGAAAAGCAUUACGUAGGUGAUUAAUUUAUGAUUUCUUUUUCAUUUUAUCGUUAGUUCCUUUUCAUUUCAGUGUGGUCUCA